GUUUCAAUCUCUCUCCUGAGAGAGUAUCUCUGAUGAAGGAGACUGCGUCAAGUCUUCCAUUUUUUCUUUUCCUAAUCCUCAAUUCACCAUUUAUGGUGUGUGUUUGAGGGUGUUGCAGCUCGAUCACAAUGAGAACACAGGCUUUGCUGUUACUUUUGUUGUUGCCUAUGGUUAUAUCUGAUGUUUCUGAGGCCUCCUUUGUUCUGAAACUCCGAAAGUUGAUUGCUCCUGAUCCUAACGAUACCAAAACAAAGGAUCCAAACCCUGUUGGUCAAACCAACAAGGUCAAUAGGGAUGGUCCUGUUUCCCCAGUUCCACAACCACAACCUUUACCCAAAGUGGGGAAUGCAAAUGAUGGGCAAAAGAAUUCAGUUCCUGCUCCGAAUGUACCUCCUCCACCGACAAAGGAGGGUGAUGGCGGUCACAAGGAUCAGAAACAAGGGAAGGAGGAGAUUGAGGGGAAACUUUCACAUUCUACCACCACUCAAACUUGUGAGGGUUUCAACAAGUGCACAGAUGAUGGCGACUUGCUUGCUUGCAUUUUAAAAACUGAUCCCAAAUACUUGGUUGUUCUUCUUCAAAACAAAGGAGAUGGCAUCAUCAACGUGACGCUUCGUACUGAUUUUGAAAAUAUUCUUGGAGUUAUAGAAGUUGACAAAAAUAAAACAGAAGAGAUCAACAUCACACGAAGUAGCAAUGAAAGUACCCAAUUGACUUUGAAAGCUGCUGGAAAAGAGGAUUGUGUGCUUCACCUGGUUCAUACACCUGCAAAUAACUUUUUUCUGCGUCUUCCUUCUUAUGACAAAAUUUUGACUCCAGUAAAUUGUGCCUAUUUCCUCAUAUUCAUGGUCCUAAUGAUUGGAGCAACAUGGGUUUGCUGCGCUUUUAGGAAGAAACGUCAGAAUGAGAUUCCAUAUCAAGAGCUUGAAAUGGCCCAGCCUGAGUCUGCUGCUGCUGCCCAUAUGGAAUCUGCUGAAGGUUGGGAUCAGGAUUGGGAUGAUGAUUGGGACGACAAUGUGGCAGUGAAGUCACCGGCAGCACUUGCCGGAAGCAUUUCGGCAAACGGCCUUACUUCUAGAUCAUCAAACAAAGAUGGAUGGGAGAAUAACUGGGAUGAUUAGUUUUCAGCAGGAAAAAGAUAAGGGAAAUGGUAUAGUGUUAACCUCAAAGUAGAAAAGAAGUGGAAGCAGAAAGCAAGGUGAAGCACAAGAGUCAGGGAUGUGACCAAUGUGGCUUUGCUGGGGCUUAAUUUUGAUGCAUGUCCAUGGAAAGAAGGAACACAUCAAAAGGAAAGAGGAAGUGUAAUAGUCAUAACACACUGAAUUUUUGUAUUGAACAUGUAAUAGUGAGAACCUUAGCCAAAACGAGAGACUAAAGAAACUGUAAAUGAAAAUAUAGGAGGUAAAGUAUAUUUGGUUUUGUCAGAUUUAUUAUACAUACUAUUCUUGUGAUCUCAAAAAUAAGAACUUUUGUAGGCUUCUUUGAGGCUAGUUUUUCUUCAAAAAAAGUGUGGUUGAAUCUGA